AUGUUCAGACAGUCGAAACGCAGGGUUGCGAGCAGGAGAAAUUUCGACGACAGUUCGAACUCAUCGUCGGGAAAAUUUAUACUCAAAGGAACAGCGUCAGAAGAUGAGAAAAGGCUCUAUGAGUCCUUGUACCAGUCAAAGAUAUCUUUCUACGCCGCUCCUCCCAGAGGUGAAAUAACGUUGGAGCAGUUCGAAUUGUGGGCCAUUGAUAGACUCAAAGUUCUUCUCGAAAUCGAAUCGUGCCUUCAAAGAAACAAGCCAGUUCGAGAAAUGGAAAUGAUCGUAAAACCACUUCUACAGAAACUCCUACCGUUAACCACCGACGACGUGGAAAUGCGUAAAAAGGACUACUACUCUCAUUUCAUUUUGAGACUAUGUUUCUGCAGAUCCAAGGAACUGCGCGAUAAAUUUGUGCGUUCAGAAACCACGCUGUUAAGGCUUCGUUUCAACAUGCUCACGUCUCAGGAUCAGGCUAAGUUCGUCAAAACUCUCGAUCUCCCAUUUUUGCAGUUCAUAUCUGACGAGGAAAAAGAAGAACUCUCUACAGAACUAUACCAAACUAUCAGCGCCGCAUUGCAGUUCCAGCUAAAUCUAACGGAUGAAAACCAGCGUCGCCAAUAUUUUAACCAGGAAAAAUUCAUCAAAUUGCCAUUCGAGUCGGUUGUUGACUUGGUAGGGAACAGACAGGUAUUCAUCAAGAAGGGAUCGGCCUAUUUACCCCAGUUUCAACAACUCAACCACAUCGCUAACGAAUCCGCCAGCAUGCUUUCUACAGCACUAUUGAAGACUUCUCAAAACAUCCCACGUCUAAAUGAAGAAGAUCGGUUGCUGCCAAUUCUCCACCACUUAUCUUCUGGUUACGACGCUUCCAAUUUCGCGCUCCAGGACCAAUUCGGACAAGCUUCACAAGGUGAAGUUAAUGCGAUAAGUGUUUAUUCGGCGAAGAUCGAAGAAAAUUUCCCACUCUGUGCGAAGAAUCUGAUUAACGGGUUGAAGACCACACACCAUCUACGAUACCAGGCUCGUCAGCAACUCACUUUUUUCCUCAAGGGAGUUGGUAUGAAUGUCGAUGAUGCCUUACAGUUUUGGUCUGAUGCGUUUGCUAAGGGUGGCAUCACAACGGAAAAAUUCAAUAAGGAAUACAAGUACAACUUUAGACAUAACUAUGGGUUGGAAGGUAAUAGAAUCAAUUACAAACCGUGGGAUUGUCGGACAAUUCUGUCAAAGCCUCGGCCUUCAAGAGGAGAAUUCCAUGGCUGUCCUUACAGAGAUUGGAAUGUCGACAAAUUGACAUUAGAACUCUCUCAAGGAAUGAAAUUGACACCGACUCAAGUGACUAGCGUCUUGGACAAUGUCGAGCGGACCGAAUACACGGUCGCGUGCACUAAAGUGUUUGAAAUGACGCAUGGUGGUUCUACAAAUGUUGAGAUCAACGAUCAAACCCAUAUUUCACACCCAAAUCUCUAUUACGAAAGAUCGCGACAACUCCAGAAGAAAGCAGAAGGUACAUCCACAUAA